AUGAGGUUUAAAGAUGAACAUGCCAUUCUUUCUCCAUCUGCCCAAAUGGAAUCUCUUGGAGUUGCCCCAAAUAACACCUCCCUGCCUCUCAUUUUCAAGGCUUGCACGACGCUGAAUGCUGUUGAGAAAGGCAAGAAGAAACAUUCUAAGGUCAACCAAGUGUUUGAUAAAAUAACUCAUAGAGAUUUGAUUUCGUGUGAUGCAAUCUUGUCUGGAUUUGUGGGCUGUGGUUUUUAUGAGGAGACAAUUGGGUUGUUUAGAAAGAUGAAAAAUGAGGGUUUUGAACCAAAUUCACGUACUUUGGUUGCAUUGCUUCUGUUGUGUGAGGGGGUGUUGGAAUUGAGAUUUGGAAAGGAGAUACAUGGGUAUUGUUUGAGGAAUGGAUAUUUCACUACAACGUGGCCAUUUGCUUCUGUGAAUGGCCCAAACUUUAAUUUGGUUGGUUUUGAGAAAUUACUUGCCUCUCUGUCGGGUCCCGAGGCCAAUAUGAAAGGUUCCUUCAAGUUGUUGAAGGCAGACGUGUCCGCUCAGGCAUUUGUUAAGAUUGGAGGCUAUUCCUGA